GGUCGCGAACAUAUCCCGCGUCGCAUGUGCGCGGUACUCCCCGUAUCUCUUCAUUUGCAAGGGUCGUGACAUGACAAAAUGUUAUUGUUUCCUUUAAUUCUCUCAGCGAGUGGAUAAAGGAAUAAAAUAAAACAACACAAAACGUACCUUUACGUAUUCAUUUUGUGGGAAUGUCCGCCAAAUUGCACCUUCGUUUGGUGACCGCACUUUAAAAUCGAUGUACAAUUUCGUUUAAACAGAUUCGUGCGGUUAGUGAAGCAAAAGACAUCAAUGCGGAGAUUCGUCUCUCGCAAAAAAUUGGCGGGGAAUAAGGAAAAUAAACUAGAUUGAACAUUUAAAGGUAAAUUGGAUGUGACUGAAAGCAUUUAUUAAUAAAAUCAACCUUUACUCUACUACUGCAAAAGUAAGUGCACGGGACUCUAUUCCGGGACGCGCCACAACUUCCAUCCUAUCUAAAAUUAAAUCCUUCAUAAAAUACUCGAGACAAUUUCAGUUCAAUAGUGCGUAAGCGAGUGCUUUCAAAUAUCGUUAGAUAAUAAUUACUCUCAAUAUUUAAAGUGCCUCAUCAAGGUUCGUUGUAGUUACGUUAGAUAUAAUAAAUAUCAAUUAGUUCAUUCAUCGGUGUUAGUCGAUAGUUUAGUGUUGCGCGGUAGUGGACUUGUUCGAGUGUCGAUAGUUUGUGGACAACACUACUGAAUGAGAAGCUUGAAGUGUUCCUCUCCGCAGCCGCAUCGAGAUUUCCCGAUUAUGAUAUAAAGUGAUGGGGCGGAUCGCUCGCUUGCGACGGGCAGCGGCGGCGCGCGGCAGCGCACGGGCGGUCGCGAGCGCGGAAGCGUAGCGCGGCGCGGUGGCGGGUGCGGGCGCGGGCGCGGCGGCGGCGUCGCAUGCACGCCACCGGCCAUCAGGACCGCUCGGGCGGCGGCGGCGGCGGCGGCUCCUGGCGCCUCCCGCCCGACGAGACUUUGCAGGUCGCCGACCCCAAAUCCGCCAAGGAGGACGAUCUGUACCCCGGCGAUGGGCACAACUGGCGAAGCAUCAUAUUUUCUUUGAUGGUCAUCAGUUUUGUAAUAGCCGGAAUCGUCACAGCUAUUUAUUUAUUAGGAUAUGUGGACGAGCUGUUGUACUGGUCGGGGCGGCGCAUGCGUCUCGACGAGUUCCUGCGCGGGGACCUGACGGGCGAGCGGCUGCCCACGACCUGGGUCAGCCCGCACCAGGUGGUCUACCAGGCCGACGACGGCGGCCUGCUGGCGCUCGACACCUUCAACAACUCCCUCACAGUCCUCGUCACAAAUCAUACUCUCAGGCAGCUCAAUGUGCGCGGCUACCAGUGCUCACCCAGCCUGCGAUACGUCCUCUUCCAACACAAUAUCAAGGAGGUUUAUCGGCGGACAUUUACGGCGCACUACACCGUUUAUGACGUCACAAAUGACCACCACAUUCCACUGUUCGGCGAGGGUCAGAGCAACUGGGAGUGGCAGCACGCGGCGUGGUUGGGUCAGGAUGGUUCCCUCAUCCUGGCCGCAGACAACGAAGUCCUGGCGCGCCCUGGUCCUCCGGCCAAGAGGGCGCCACUGUUGCACCUCACUAGCGACGCCAGUCCCGGCCGGGUGUACAAUGGCGUGUCCGAUUGGCUCUAUCAAGAGGAGGUGACGAAAGCAUCUUCGGCCAUGUGGGGCUCGUCAGACGGGACCCUGGUGCUAUACGCGCAGUAUGACGACAGCAAGGUGUCGGAGCUGAGGUUCCCGCGCAUAUCCGAGGGCAUCGGCGGCGCGGGCGCAUCUCGGGCCGGCUUCCUGCUGCCCGCGUACAAUAGCUCUCAGCACACUGUCUUCCCUGACCAUGUUACUAUUAGAUAUCCUACGCCGGGCAGUUCGAUACCGGUAGUAAGAUUAUGGAUAGUUGCAGUGCAAAACGUCACGUCACCGCCAAGAUGGGAAAUCAGGCCUCCAAAUACCUUAGACGGAAUGGAAUAUUACAUAGUAUCAGCUCAGUGGGUGGGCAAAGAGAAUAGUCAUGUUGGUGUAGUAUGGAUGAACCGAGCGCAGAAUCUCACCGUCUACAGCAGCUGUUACGCACCAAACUGGACCUGUGUCGAGAGUCAUUCCGAAAAAGCCACAGAUGAACCCUGGCUAGAAGUUCACCAACAGCCAGUGUAUUCUGAAGACGGCAGUGCUUUCCUACUCUUAGCCGCAGUCCAGGAAGGUGGAGGACAGUACUACACUCACAUCAAACAUGUAGAUGUAGUGCGACAGCGUAUGGCUGUACUGUCGCACGGCAAAGUAGAAGUUGCGGAGAUCCUGGCGUGGGACCAGGAGAACCACUUAGUCUAUUAUUUAGGUUUAGACAAAGAAAAGAUUGUCAUACAUAGGCUGCAUCCAGAAAUGGUGAAAGAAGCAAACCAAAGUAGUGCAGAAAGGCCGGGGCAAAGGCACGUGUAUGUUGUGCGGGAUCCUGGGUAUGGAGGUGGGAGCAACUCCGUCAGAGCGAGAGCUGAGCGUGAGGAACCUCGGUGCUUGACAUGCGAACUCGCGGUGUGGCCAGCAAGGCUACACUACGCCAACUGCUCAUUCUGGCGAGCUUCGUUCUCCCCUCCCAAACCAACCGUCGGCAUCACACAUUACGUCUUAGAAUGUGGCGGCCCUGGACCUCCUUUAGCAGGCCUCCAUGACGCUAGGACGCAUAAGUUAGAGAGAAUAUUAUAUGACACGAGGCCUUAUAGAUCAGUGCGACUACGAGAGCUAGCGCUGCCUACACGUCGGUCGUUCGACGUGCAACUAGGCAGUGGCUCCAAAGCGCGCGUGCAGUUGCUUCUACCACCAUCGUGGCGAGAAGAGCUGCGAGAUGCUGCCUUCCCUGUACUGGUUCAUGUAGACGGGAGGCCAGGCAGUCAGCAAGUGACAGACGAGUUUCUUGUCGACUGGGGGUCGUACAUGUCGUCACGUAACGACGUGGUCUACGUGAAGUUGGACGUGGUGGGCGCGAGAGGGCUCCCCCGGCAGUUGCUGCGCGGGCGCAUUGGUGGCGUCGAGGUGGCUGAUCAGUUGGCUGUUAUUAGAUAUUUAUUAGAAACGUUCAAGUUUUUGGACGUGACUCGUGUAGCGGUAUGGGGUUGGGGCUAUGGUGGCUAUGUCACCGCCAUGUUGCUGGGCUCACAGCAGUCUACCCUCAAAUGCGGGAUUGCUGUGUCGCCCAUCACCGACUGGCUUUAUUAUAAUGCGGCAUUCACGGAGCGUAUCCUCGGUUUGCCGUCAGUAAACUACAAGGGGUAUGUGGAAGCGGACGCCUCGCAGCGGGCGCACCAUGUGCCGGCGCAUGCGCUGUACCUCGUCCACGGAAUGGCCGACAUGAGCGCGCCCUACCCGCAUGCAUUGCAACUUGCGCGCGCGCUCACUGAUGCCGGCGUUUUGUUCCGCUAUCAGGCGUACGCGGACGAAGGUCACGACUUGAAGGGCGUGAUCGAGCACGUGUACCGGUCCAUGGAGGACUUCCUCCGCGAGUGCCUCUCCCUCGACCCGGAGGACACCAAACUGCCUCCUCCUGACAGAUAAAACCGGCACCCAACCCUCAGCAAUAACCUACCGAACACCAUAUAUCUUACUGUUAUCAUAUUGCUCCCUGUAAAUAUGUACAUGAAAUAGUGCUUUAAUAAAAUGUGUUCCCCACACGUUUGGUUCA